GUCCCAAAGCCCUUCUCAUGUACUCUCUGAUUUACCUAAGUGCUCGGCAACUGGUCCAGGAUGAGGAGGUCACCUGUAAACUCUUGGAAUUUAUGCCACGGAUCAUGUAUGUUAUCCUAUUCAAGGUGGCUUUCAGAGAAAAUAAGAAAAAGCUGCUGUGUGAACUGGUAAAGAUGUGGCCUUACUCCCAACUUAAAUUCCAACAGCUGAUGCAAACAUGUUGGUGCUGGUCUUGGACAUCUUCUAAGAAGUGUCCUGAAUGUCAGUGGUCUGUCAUACGUAGUGAGUUAAACAGAGGUAAAAUUGAUGCCAUCUUCUUGGGACUGAUGAAAUAUAUAAGGAAAGUACUCAUGGAUGGUCCACAGCAGCUCCCAAAAAGGAAGCUACGACUGCUAGAUAUGACAGGAUUAUUUAAUAAACAUUUUCUUUGGAACUUGAGAUUCGUGAAGCUGUGGGCCAUCUCAAAAAGCAGAGCCAAUAUCCACAUCUUCCCUCAACAGGCAACAGGCGACUUAGAAAGUCAAGCAAGGGACAAGGUGACAGAAGUGUCUCCAGCCACAACAUUUUCAGUGGAAGCACUUGUGAAUCUCCUGGUGGACCUCCAUGUAGAACCUUUCUCUGAAGCAUUUCUAAAAGUAGCUCUCCAGGACAAUGUUAGUAGCCCUUUGCCUCUGCUCUGCCGAGAUUUCUAUUGUACCUAUGACUUGGCUAGUAAGGCUGCAAAAUUCCUGCCUCUUUUGGACCCUCUGGCACUACGUAGAAUGGACCUAAUUCAUAGCAGUAUAACCUUGGGAGAUAUUAGAUGGCUUGUGUCGCAGAUUAUUAGCUUCCAAAACCUAAAGAGCUUGAAACUACCUACUUUUGCUGAAAAAAGACAAUGGUGGAAAGAUCCCAUGUUAAAGGCCAACUUUGACUUUUUGGUUGAAAAGCUGAACCAAUUGAGACACCUCAGGGAGAUUGCCUUACGCGGUAUCUGUCUUUCAGGUCAGCUGGAAUAUCUACUUGGAGAUCUAGAGUACUCCCUGGAGAGCCUUCGACUUUCUUCUUGCUCUCUAACAAGCAAAGACUUAACCUACCUGUCCCAAAGUCACCAUAGCUCCCAUCUCAUAAAGCUGGAUCUUGAAGGCAAUAACAUAACAGAUCAACUAGACUCCUUCCUGAAACUUCUAAAGUCAGUCUCAAAGUCACUGAGGUGGCUGAAUGUGUCAAUGUGUAGGAUCAAUGACGACUUUUAUAAAAUCUUUUCCUAUCUAUAUUCCUGUGCCAGACUCUCCCAUCUUGGUCUGUAUGGCAACCCUCUAUCUGGCUUGAAUAUUUUUAUUUUCAUGAAGCAGUGCAAGAGCAAACUGCCCAAACUGAAAGCAGUAUCAGUUCUAGUCUUCCCAGAAUGUGGUAAAGAUCUGCUCCAGUAUAAUCGUUCUCCUGUACUAUUGCAGUGUCCUAUUGGCAAUGAGGUGUUUUCCUCUAUGAUGAAUAAAAUUCUACAGUCAUCAGCAAUAAGAGAAGAAGCUUCCAGUGAGUUUAAUUUUAGUGACAGUCCUGAGAUGGGUGACUAUUUUGAAUUACAGUAGUGAGCUGACUAGUAGGAAUGGGGUGGGGGGAAAUCUCACACUCCUAAGAUGAUGAUGAUAGUUUAGUUUAUCAUUUUUGAGAACUAUUUUAACUAUAAUCUUAACCAAGAAAGAUACUCAAAUAUUCAAAAUAAGAAAUAAAUCUCAUCUAAAACCCUAACAUUUUACAAAAGAGAACAAUAAAGAUACUAGUCACUAUUCUCAUAAUCUUUGUGUAAAAACCUUUCAUAUCUUUCUAGGUUUUUAAUUUAUCAUUUUAAAUAAAUAUAAAUUUAAAGCA